UCGAUACACCCCGGCGGCUGGCGGCUUUUCAAACUUGCCAAACACGACUGACAACAUGCCUUUAGAAUUCUUAGACCUAUAAUAAAUAUUAUUACGUGUUUAAAGAAAAACCAAGUAUGGGAAAAACAAAUCCAUUUUCAUAGUUUCCCAUUUUUAUAUGUUUAAUUCUAUACAUGUUUCCUUUGGGACGUGUCUCUGACUCUCUUUUUAUUUACUUCAAACCAUCUCUUUCUUCUCUGACCUCCAUCCAAGCUUUAUUUUGGGAGCUCUAAAUUCUAAUUGCUUCUGAAACUCCACCCCAUAUCUUGCCAAGUAUCAUGACGUUUAAAAGAGUAGUUUCUCAUGAAAUUUUUGGGCACCGGCUUGUUAGCCGGUCCAAAUCGCCUGUUAUUUCUAUUGUCUUGUUUUCGCUUCUUAUAUUUUUUAUGUUUGCGUACAGUAUCAUUUCUAACAUGUCUCUGCAAUCGGCUGCCUUCACUGUUCUUCCUAUUUCAUUCACUAUUUCUACACAAAGGAAUAUGAUCGUUGAAGGUGAUAGUGAAAAUGAUCAGUUUCACAGGGGAAUCCGUAGAAAACUACCGGAAAACGAGAUUUUCAGGUCGGACGAGUUGACAGAGAAGUUCCAUGGUCGGGUCCAGGAAUUCUUUAAUCACAAGUGCGAGGUUCAUUUCUUCAUGACAUGGAUUUCGACGGCUGAGUCUUUUGGAACAAGAGAAAUCUUAGCUGUGGAAAGUGUUUUUAAGGCACAUCCUCAUGGUUGUCUGAUGAUUCUAUCAAGAACCCUGGACUCUGCCCAGGGUCACAUGAUCCUUAAACCCCUGCUCGAUCGUGGGUUCAAAGUUCAAGCAGUGACCCCAGACUUGCCAUUCUUGCUCAAGAAUACGCCAGCCGAAGCUUGGUUCAAUGACAUCAAGAGUGGGGAAAAGGACCCUGGUGGGAUCCCUCUGGCUCAGAAUCUAUCCAAUUUAAUGAGACUGGCAGCUUUAUACAAGUACGGAGGUGUCUACUUGGACACGGAUUUCAUAGUGCUGAAAAGUUUUAAAGGUCUGAAGAAUACAAUCGGAGCACAAAGCAUCAAUUCGGCGAAGAACUGGACGAGAUUGAACAAUGCAGUUCUGGUGUUUGAUAUGAACCAUCCCCUCCUAUACAAGUUCAUUGAGGAAUUUGCUUUAACCUUUGAUGGUAACAAAUGGGGACAUAAUGGUCCCUAUAUGGUUUCCAGGGUGGUUCAUAGAGUGGAAGGAAGACCUGGUUACAAUUUCACCAUCUUGCCACCUGUGGCCUUUUAUCCUGUUGAUUGGAUUAAAAUAGUUCGCCUUUUUAAGGUGCCAUCACAACAGGCUGACCCCAAAUGGUUUGAAGCUAAGCUGCAAGAGCUAAACGAGAAGAGCUAUGGACUCCAUCUCUGGAAUAAGCAAAGUAGCAAACUAAUGGUUGAAGAGGGAAGUGCAAUGGGAAAGUUAUUAUCAGAGCACUGUGUCUUGUGUAAUCAGAUAUAUAGUUCUUGAUUGCACAUUGUAAAGCCGAUUCAAACAGGUUCACAAUUUUGUACAGUUCGUUGCUUGAAAGGAACUCGAAUUCGAGGUCUGUGAUUUUUCAUUUCUUUAUGAUUUCCAUUUGUAAAUUUAAUGUGAAUUAGAUACAGAUAAAUCAGAUCAAUCUACCACAAAUCAUAA